AUGAUGCCCGACAUGCGGUUGGGCAAGGACAAAACUGGGAGUCAGCGAGACACAUACUCAGUUGAUGCAUUCCUAUCCAUCAUGUAUGAAGGAGUGGCGGAAGUGCUUCCGGACAGAUUCGUUCGACGUGGGCGUGCUGCAGCCAGCGAUGACCCUGAGUGGGACUUGGAGUCAGAUUGCCAAGAUCAAGAAGACUUGCGGGAUUUUCUGGAUAAGCCCGGCACUGGUGCAAUUUGGGCAUCUUUUCAACCAGAGGAAAAGAAGCUAACAAAGUUCUUGCCACCAGGAACCGUCCAUGAUUUAUACACACACAACACAUCGACAAGGAGUCUUUUCGGAGCUGUGGCCGUGUCGUAUUCCACAUUCUUGAGGGUAUACCAAAGCCGGUGGAAAGACGUAUUGAAAUUUAGAGCUCGGAGCAUGUUCAGCCAAUGUGAGCUUUGCUACAACUUCAAGCAAGACCUUUCAAGUACUUCAUUGAGCAUGGAGGCUCGCCUGGGAACGUUGACAAAGUACCGCCGCCACUUGGCGGAUCAGUAUAGCGACCGAUGCAUACUUUGGUCUUUGCAAGAAGCCGCUUGCGACCCUCAGUCAGACCUGGUCAUCAUGUGCACCGACGGGAUGGAUCAAGGUAAAUUCCGCUUACCUCGAUAUCCUGGUCAUCGUGCUUCCAGCGCCGUGGCAAGUGCCAACAGGCCAAAGGUCAAGCUGCACGGUCUUUGGGUGUGGGAUCUACCAGACCAGCUGGCAGCGGGCAUCGAUGCGGGUUCUUUCCGUGGUGGUACACUGGAUUGUCCCAUCUCUCCUGCCAUGGCGCCCCUGUGCCGGAUGCUUGAGCAGCAGCUCGUGAAGGUCCAAAAACCUGAUGAGGAGCAGAAGAAGUUGGCCGCCAUCAAGGACGAGGGAAGCGCGGCAACACCAUCUCCGAUGAAGAGACUGGCAAGCGACUUCGAAAAGAAGAUCAAGGCUUUGCCAGGUGAGUUCGAGCGGAACGACAGGACGGAUGAGUGGCGAUGGGUCUAUGCAAAUCACACAGACUGGCAUCGAUAUGGUACGCCUGCCCAAUCUAGCCCUCAUCACCGUGCACCGCUUCAACCUCCUGCUUCAGAUUCACAAGGGAAGGGCAAAGGCCAGGGCUACAACAAGAUGUCACCGGGAUGGACCCAAGAGGAGGCGGAGGCAUAUGCCGUUGAGCUUACCCAGCGAAUCAAGGAGGAGGAGGAGGAGCAAAAAAAGAAGAACGCACACGAGAAGGAGAACAAGGAGAAAGAAACGAAGGAUGAGAAGAUGAACGGUGAGCAGGAACAGUGGGGUUGGGAUCAUCAUCAUGGGUGGCAGUGGGGCGAUGGUCACAGUCAGGAUUCAACUUGGCGUUGGGGUGAGAGUGACAUGAAGGAUGACCACGACAUGAAGGAUGAGAAGAAGGAAGAUGGUGCAAAAUCAGAGGAGCAGCCAGAAGGUGAACCAUCUGCAAAAGCUGCAAAGUCAGGGGAGCAGCGAGAACCUGCGAAAGAAGCAAAGUCAGAAACGGCGGCGGAAACUACACCACCGCCACCGUGGCGAGCUGCUGCUGUUCAACCACCGGCUGCUCCUGAAGUGGGCACGACGCUAGCUCCAAGUCCUGCGGGUCCUCUAGGGGCGACGCCCAAGGUCCUCUCGACGCCCUCGUCUCACAAGCGCUCUCGGACAACGUCUCAGCUUGACACCCACAGCUUGGACGUGAUCAAGGGGUGGACGCGUAUGACCUGCGUUGCUUGGGUGGCCCUCAUGGUGUCAGAGCUUGAUUGCGAGGACACAGAGGAAGCGAGAGAGAUUAUGAGUCAGCAUUUGACAUUUACAAAAUGGAAAGAUUCCGCCUUCUCAACGGAACAGCUGAGAACAACCAGAUGGCUCCUAGGGGCUCGGCCGAAGAACAUUCCGGACGGGUACCAUGAGCUUCUCACUGUCACGCCGAUGGCGCAAGAGAUGCUGAUGGAUUUGCAUGUCAAAUCUUUCCUACGCGCCACUCGGCGAGUGAAGUCAGCUGCUCGCAGCCGUGCACGCCUUUGCGCUGACGACUUUGACCGUCUUGUAGAUUUUGCCUGUGUCUUUGCACACAUCCGGAAAUGUGCUAUGCGCGUGGUGUCCAAGAGCCGCGAUGUCGAUUCAAAGCUCAUGGCAGCUUUCCUUGCAAAGGAUUACUAUCAAGACAUUGAAGCCGUGAUUGCCUCCAAGAAUCCCGAGUUUCGUGUCCAGUCGCUCACCGUUUGGCAAGACAUCGUUGAGCCACCUAGCCUUCCAACGGUUCUUCAAGGAGAUGAAAGCGCUGAUCUUUUGGCUGCGCAAGAGGCUGCCAGCGCGACCAAGUUCAACGAGCUGCAGAUCCGCUUGACCGCCGAUUGCGAGGCCAUGAACAAAUACAACGCGGACAAGCAGAAAGCAGAAUCUCGGAAGCAUGUGCAGCGUGUGCUGCAUGAGAAGAACCAACUUGCGGUCGGCAAGAAGGUUGUGGACGAGUACAUGGCUAGCAAUUGCUGGGCUGGCUUGAUUGGUGACAUGAUGCUCCCACAUGAGCUUGACAAGAUCAUCAAAGCGGCAGCUGCAAAGCGACAGGUUGCAAUGGACAAGCUCUUGACCAUUGGCUGGGUGGAUCUGACAAAGAUUGGGGUGCUCACUCAGAAGGACAUGAACAAAGUGGGGACAUGGUGCGAACGGUUGAUCAGCCGCAACCCUACGAGCACCUGCGUAGUGAUGGCCCUUCCGUUGCUCACUUCAAGUUCUGGAUGCGGGGCGCUUCGAUCAGACAUCAGGAAGCUUGAAGACAAGCUGCUCUUUCACCAGAUGGAGUUUCGGUCCUUCUUCUUGCCUGUUGACCACACCUCACUCCAUCACAACAGAGAUAUGCCUGGCGGGUUCACCUUCUACCUCAUCGUGUCUGAUGCGACGCUUCCGCGGAGUGGCACCGCCCAUCGGGCCAACAGAUCAGCAGAGAAGGUGGAUCGUUCCGGUGUCAACACCUUUUGCUUCUCAAAGCUGUGGCAAACCCAAGUGACUUCAUCUUCACCACGUGCUAUCGAUGAAUCCGAGUUCAUCGUGCCUGCGACUGGCGGUGUUUCUUCAGCCGAAGGCCGCAGGAACUACACAGAUUUGCAGGAAACAAGUCAGUGGUUGGGCGGCCUCGAGAUUCCCAAGGUCAUUCUGGGUGAUCUGCUCAGUGGUGUCAUGAGCGAGCGGCUCCCACGCUACAAGCCUGAGAUUGACGAAGAUCAGAUGGCCGGGCCUGUCUCAGAGCCAAGUCUCAAGGAGGUGCGGUCUGAAUGGUUGGCUGAUCCUGUCCGAGCCCCUCAAUGGCGGCAAGUGCUUUCUGAGUUCGACCGUUGCUUUGGGACACGUGCCGACAAUGCACCUCCUGCUCCUGUGACGGAAAGCGCGGCCACUGAGCCAGCCGUUGCCUCACUGGAUUGGGAUAGUGUCUUCCCUGAUGAGCCGCGUGAGGCUACCGCUUGGCACACCAAAUAUGAUGCACUAGUCCUUGGCAAAUUUCAAUGGUGCCCGGAGCUCACAGGGUACAUCAUUGGCAGCUCUGAGGGCAAUGGUGUUGGAACCAAGUUUUUCCUGGAGGCUUCGGAGGACUACACCAUUGAUGGGUUCAAUCACGCAGACGCUGAAGCCUUGCUGACUUAUGGUGCCGGGGUGUGGCUACAGGAUGCCAAGGUGCAGUCCUAUCUCGAUGAGCACCCGGAUGGAAAGGGUGUCGAAUGCCACUUUGACUCAGAUGAGUGCAAGGUCCUUCUUGUCGAAAACGGUCAAGAUGGUGCAGUCACAACUUUGCGCGAAGUCAUCCGGAAGUGCGAGAGCAUGAACAUGGUCGACGUCGAGCUUGGGGGUCACACCUACUCGAGACCUCCUCAAGUUGUGCAGGGUCUGGCAAAUGACAGGUUUGAGGUCUCUCGCAAGGAGAACUCCCGGCUGUUGUGGCGCCCAAACCAAGUUCAAGCCAGUGGGUUGCGCGCUACGAAUGCGGCGAGCUUCUACGCUCACAGCACACUGAGCGCGUCUCAAGGCCUGUUGCAGGUCUGGCGCAUGAGAGCUCACAAGAGCGAGAAGAGCUUGUGCGCCGCCAAGCCGCUGUGGUUCCUGGCUCGCCAGCUCAAAGUGCCAAAGGGUAUGGUCCAAAGGAUCGUGUGA